AUGAUGUGGUUAUAUGCAUAUUUAAUAACAGAUUUUUUUAUUCUAGCUCGAUUUUUUAUUUUCUAUGUUAUGCAUCAUUGGGAUGCAUGUUUAUAUCCAACAUUUCGAUUAAUUUUAUGUUAUGUUGAAGCCACAUCAAGAUUUUAUGUAAAUAUAGUACAAAGUUAUCUUUUAUUGGCAUUAAAUACAUGUCGAGGUGCACAAAUUAUAUAUAAUCGAAAUGUUUUUAUAAAAAAUCCUCGUCUAAUUAUUUUAAGUCACUUUUUAAUUUAUUUAUUGCCAGCAAUUAUUAUCACAAUACAAAUUCUUUAAAUAGUAACUAAUCCAUUUUUUAUCGCUGUACUUGACGUUCGAAUUUUUCAAUCAUGGAAAAUAAUCUGGCGUAAAAUAAAAGAACGUCAACAAAGAGCUAUUGCUCCAGUAUUGCAAGCUGCUCCUGAAUAA